AUGGCACCGUCGGGGGUAGAGGAGGAGGAGAAGGGGGCAGGAGGGGGUUUAAGGCGGUUUUGGGGGAGUUUGUGGAGUUACUGGGGAGUUUUUGACAUUGGAGAUUUUGUGCCAUGGCUUAAGUGGGUGAAUAGAGUAAAUGGGGUGAGACUUGCUAAGGAGUUGGAUGAGUUUUUGGAGGGUGUGGAUGUAUUUAUUGCUGGAACUGAUACUACAUCCACAACCCAAGAAUGGGCGAUGACAGAACUCUUAAAAUAUCCUCAAGCCAUGAAAAAACUCCAAGCCGAAGUCAGAAGAAUAGCCCAACCCAACCAACCUAUAAUCGAGGACGAUCUAGACCAGAUGCCUUACCUAAAAACUGUGAUCAAGGAGACGCUACGCCUCCAUCCUUCGGCUCCCCUUAUCUCGCCCCGGGAGUCGACCAAAGAUGUCCAAGUAAUGGGCUACGACAUCAUGGCUGGGACACGCGUGCUCGUCAACGCUUGGUUUACGGAGGCGAUCGAUGAGCUAGCCGACGCAAAUCUUGUGCAUAAGUUUGAUUUUGCAUUGCCUGAUGGGGUGGAGUUGGAUGUGAGUGAAGGUGGUGGUAUGAUUGUUCAUAAAAAGUUCCCUCUACUUCUUGUUGCAACUCCUUGGUCUUGCUAA